CCUUGGCUAAAUGAUGACAAGCAAAGAGAGGAUGGAUUAGGAUCCCAGUACAAUUUCUCACUCUCUCUCUCUCUCUCUCUCUGAUAAACAUUUUUAAGAAUUUUCACUGAGAGACAACAUACCCCAGACCGGGAGGCCCACAGGCACACACCAUCCUUGGUAUAUAUUUAAAAGGACUUAUAUUUGAGAUAGACGUGUACCAGAAGUAUCAAUUCCGUAGCCAUGGCUGAAUUCCCUGCCAAAGUUAGCACUCAGACGAGUACGCCAGAGGCUUCUUCAUCAAGAGGAUCUUUGGGGUUUGUGAGUUUGGACGUGGGUUUCUUCAGUUCAAUUCCUGGAAUCCUGAUGGCUGUAGAAAUUGCUCUGGGACUCCUGGUUUGGGCAUUAAUUGCAGACAGUAAUCAUCCUGCAACCAGUGCAUAUGGCUGGGUCCUGUUUGUCUCUGUUACCUGCUGGCUGGUCACUCUCUUGGUGUUUGUGGUCUUUAUACUGCAUCUGCAGAGAAAGCUGGCAUUUGUCCCUUGGUCACUGGUGCUGCUUAUUUAUCAUGCAGCAGCCACCCUCCUCUACAUAACAGCAUUCAUUACAUGCGCAGCAUCAAUACAAACUACGACGGACAUGUACACUGCAGCCUAUAACAAGAAGUCCGCGGCUUCGUUCUUUGCUUGCAUGGUGAUGAUUGCAUAUGGAGCAAGCACCUUCUUCAGUUUUUUGAUAUGGAGGGGAUCUGGCAGCAAUGCAGCCACCGAUCAAGCCUGAUGUUCUCUGAGAGGUUCAAAGCUGUUGCAUCUAUCCAGAUUUGCUUUACGUUAUUUUUAUGUUUCAUUUGAUUUAAUCAAACUUUGUGAGGAAAAGUGUGCAGCAGAGGCCCAGGUUCAAUAAAGGAAAACUGUCAAUCUUUGGAAGCAUCUGGGCUUGCUGUGGGAAAACAACACAAUGAAGGUUUGACCUGUCUGAAUUUCAAAGCUAUCCCACUUCACCAGCUUGCUGCCUGGCACACCAUAGCUGGGACAUGAUGCCACCUUACCAGCAGGGAUACACAUGAACGUUUUAUACACUUGUGUUUUUUCUGAAUUUAGAAUAAAAACCUGCAUGACGAUUCCUAGGUUGCCAACAAUCUCCUUGCUUCCAUAGCAAUCUUAUAACUGGAUUUGAAUAUUGUUGUAACCAUAUUACACAACAGUAUCAGGGAAGUUAGGAAUUGUGUGGCUAAGAGUCAUUUUUGCUAUUACUCAAGUAUUUUAAGGGUUUAUGGCUUUGUCUGAAUACAACCUUCUGAAUUUAUGACAACAGAUCAGUGAUAUAUCUGUGGGUUUCCUAGGUAUUUCUGUGGCAGGGGAAUAUUUAAGCACCCACUUAUGGCAGAACCAGUGGCUGGUCCAUUGCUGUGUAUGAUUCUGAUGAGCCAGACUUACUUUUUUUCAUAAGGACUAUAUACAGUGUAUUUGCUUCAGCACACUAGAACUCUCUUACUUACUAAGAGAGUACUCUCUCUUUGGGUCCAUUAGAGGUUGAUGUUAAGUCUGCAAACUGGAGCAUCAUGUAUUUAAUAUGACCAGAAAAGAUCUUUACUGUGGUAGAGAGGUCACAAGAUUUAGUUUAAGCUUCUUCAAUGUGAUCAACUCUAUGCACCAGGGAAAGAAAUAAUUUAUGUGCCAAAGCAUCCAAAUGGGCAUUAAAUAUGGUUCCAGGAAUAUUUAGGACAGAAAAUAAGUGUUCAACCCAAAUUUCAAUCUAAUUGACUGUGACCUUCAUGAUAGUUAUUUGAAUGAUGGGUGAAAUCAAACUUAAGAACCUCUGAGCCAGAACCCAGUGCUAAACAAUAAUUUGGUUGGAGUGCUUUCAAAUUUACUUGUGAAUACCUGAAACCACAAAUUAAGUACAGCACAUAGCAUGGAACUUCCAGUUUCUGCUCUACCCCACCCAGCUAUGCUCCACUACCCUGGUCCGAUACUUAAACCCACCUGCAAUGGGUCUAUUUACCAUUUGACCAGGGAAACUGAAAAAUGUCAAUGUUACUAUGGACCAGAAGCAAUAUCCCUUCAGAGGCAGAAAAAAAUUGCUUCAUCAUCAGGGGUGGGAGGACUCAGAGCCACACUUGGCUACCCACACAGGGUAAAACCAAACUAUAAGCCCUGUUAAUGAAUCAGGGCCUUCCUACUCAACCACUGAGUAUUCUGCAGGUACCCGACCCACUGCAGGUCUCUAACCUGAAGGGAUGCCAGCGAUAAUAGGUGGAGGGUCACCUGAAGGCAAGUCAGGGUGACAUCUGAGAGAAUAUUACAUACAAGUUUUUAUAUUCCUAGAAUCUCAUCAUUCAGUUCUGCAUUGAAAUUUGGGGGGGAAAGUUUUUUUGUCUGUCAUUGACAUUCCUGAAACUAUAAUAGGAAGAAUAUCUGGAACACAGUGGUAAGCAAAAUAAAUCUCAAAAUUUAAUGGGCACAAAUCAUGUGACAUUGCCCAAAUGGCUAACUGUGACCGAAGUUAAAGGGGACCUGUCAGCCAUGUAUAAAAAGUUGUAUAAUAAAAGUUCUUUUCGCUAAAA